ACGUCGUGUUUCUUCGACAGAGUCCGGAACCUGGGGAGCGGAUCAGUGUGGGAGGUUGUUCAAGGAGCGUGGACUUCACUGGGGCUGUUCUUCAGAAUCACACACACACAAACACACACAGUGGGAAGUUGAGCAGUGGAGUCUGUGCUUCAUGGUGGGAGUGGGCAGGGCCUCCCCGGGUCGAGAUGUGGAGAAACUAACAUUCAGCACAUGUUUGGUCCACAGCUCCACACCAUGGCUCCGGCAGCUCCGCUCACCGUGCUCGUCCUCUGCCUCCACGUCUUCACCGCUGCAACUCAAGCGCUCCCCGAGAGACGCCCCCACCUCACCGGCUGCGUCUCCAACAACAUGGAGACUUUCCGCUGCAGAUGGAAUGUCGGCACUUUCCAGAACCUCUCCGAGCCGGGAGCCCUGCGCUUAUUCUACAUGAACAAAAAACCCUCCCCGGACUCCCCUAAAGACUGGCGCGAGUGUCCUGACUACACCACCGAGCUUCCCCACGAGUGCUUCUUCAACAAGAACCACACGACCGUCUGGACCCUGUACAGCGUCCAGCUCCACUCGGCCGACCGAGCCGUCCUCUACGACGAGAAGCUGUUCUUCGUUGAAGACAUCGUUCAACCGGAUCCAGCGGUCAGCCUGAACUGGACGCUGCUCAACGUGAGCUCCACCGGGACGCACUAUGACAUCAUGCUGAGCUGGAAGCCUCCAGAGUCGGCGGACGUGGAGAUGGGAUGGAUGAGACUUCAGUACGAGGUCCAGCACCGCAGCGUCCACUCCGACCUGUGGAAGGCGUCGGAACUCGUGAAGAGCACGCACCGCACCCUGUACGGGCUCCAGACCAACGUCAACCACACGGUUCGAGUCCGGUGCAAAAUGCUCGGAGGGAAAGACUUCGGAGAGUUCAGCGACUCUGUAUUUGUCUAUAUCCCAUCAAAAGUGUCCAGAUUCCCAGCCAUGGCUUUGCUCAUCUUUGGCACCUUGUGUCUACUGGCCAUCCUGAUGAUAGUUGUCAUAUCACAGCAGGAAAAGUUGAUUUUUAUUCUUCUGCCUCCUGUCCCUGGACCGAAGAUCAGAGGAAUUGAUCCUGAGCUCCUGAAGAAAGGAAAGCUGAGGGAGCUGACGUCCAUCCUGGGCGGUCCCACCGAUCUGAGGCCGGAGCUGUACAACAGCGACCCCUGGGUGGAGUUCAUCGACCUGGACAUGGAGGAGCAGAGCGACCGACUCACGGAGCUGGACACGGAUUGCCUCGUGGAGCGCUCCCUGUUCUCCAACUGCUCUCCGCUCUCCAGCGGCUUCAGGGACGACGACUCGGGCCGCGCCAGCUGCUGCGACCCGGAUCUCCCCAUCGACUCGGACGUGUCGCCGUUCAAUCCUCUCGUCCCGAACCCAACCCUCGGGAAAGAAGCCUCGGAGCCGAGCAGCCCAACUGCUGCAGAGCCGCCGAGUCGGGAGGCUCUGUACACGCAGGUGACUGAGGUGAGGCCGUACGGCAAAGUGCUGCUGGCCCCCGAGGAGCAGACUGACCUGGAGCAAUCUACGAGCAAAGACUCAGAGAUAGACUCUGUGGUGAAGAAGGAGAAGGAAAGGAACGAUUUCCGGCUGCUGCUGCCGGAUGCAGAUAACGGCGGCUACACCUCCGAGCUGAAAGCCGGGAAAGUGAGCCCCAUGUCCGAUGGGGAUCUGAGUGAGAGCCGCCACCUGGUGCCAUCGCCUUACUACGAGUCAAACCCCAGCACCACGUCCCCGCUGCCCUCUCCUCCCGUCUACACCGUGGUCGAGGGCGUGGACGGACAGAACAGCCUCCUACUGACAUCCAACUCCACACCUCUCCCACAGAUUAUCAUCCCUAAGCCCAUGCCCACCCCAGACGGCUACCUGACCCCUGACCUUUUGGGAAGCGUCACGCCGUAGCUCAGCGGCGGCCUGUGCAAAGUAGAGACUGGUCAAUCAAGGGCAGAUACGCUACAGAACAGUCUUGGAGAUUGAUUUUCCCGAGGCUGUGUUUUGAAUGUCAGUUCUCCUAAAAUAGUCGGGGGAGGGCCAUAUGCGGCUGUCCUCCCCCGACCUCCCUACUGCACCCCCGACAGGGCUGGGAAGUCCACAGGUUUGCUAUGAGCGACGAAAAGGACACAAGAAUGUGUUUAGCUGCGGUUGUGUAGAGGAAAUAACACAAGCUGCACAAUAAUUCAACAAUCUGACUCCUCAGAACCGGACCUCAACACUACUUCUUUCGAACAUGGGUUCGUGGAAGUUGCAAUCAAUGAUCAAUUCUGGCCACGAGAGAACUGAACAAUCCCCAAGGACCCGACAUGUUAACGUUUUCUUUUGGCUACAACCAGAUCGGCUGUGAUUUAAAGUCCAGCAGAAAACCUGCAAUUCAGUUGUUUAGAGUUGUAUUUGUGUCCAAAUGCUGAAUGUAAAUCCAAUCUUCACUUUUCUUUUAGCUCAGGUUUGGUCUCCAUCAACUCCUGAGAACGAUAUCUGGCUGUUUAAGGUGCGUUUCCCCAGGAACUGGGAACUUUUGUAGCCUUUCCAUCACGGGGAACAGAGUGUAAGGGAAUUAUUUAACUCCCCCAAAAAGUCCUUGCUGGUGGGGGUGCAGGCUACAUUGCUAAUUUGCUUUAUUUCCUAGUUGUUUUUAUGCUACGGUGAAAGUUGCAGAUACUUUUGGUGGAAAUUGACCCUUUGCUGCUAAACGUUCCACUUUCUUCACCAACUACUCUAAAUUCCCAUCUGCCGUUUGCUCCUGUGAACUUAAAAACACAAAAAAUGAUAUGAUGAUAAUUCCCCGUUGACACCUUCCUCAUUUCAUUACAUUUUAUAAUAUAUAAUGUUGACUAAUGCAGCCCUAAAUGAGACCGUUUGUUUUAUUCUCAAAACUUUGUACAUAUCACUAACUUUCUGUGUGAUAAAAUCCGGUUGUGUGUAUAAACACAAUCUGUGAGAAAAUGUCUGGAAACAAUGAAUCUUCUCACCUGAAUCCAACACACUGAAUUAAUGGGUUUACUAAUGUUUUCAUAGCUUCUAAGGCUUUAACAACAAUGUCACUAAACUAAUGAGUCAGCCAUUGCUUGUUUAAUACUCCUCCUUAUCUUGUUGUUGGUGACAGGAAGCAGGACAGAGCAUAAAUGAUCAACUGGAGCAUGACAUAUUAAAAUACUUGUGGUAUUUUUUGCUGUUACAUAUUAAUUUCUCUAUAGACUGAAACGUGUCCCGAGAUGACAGAGAAAGGUGUUUGAUCUUCUGGCUUCUGGGGAAGUAACACUACGUAGUGGAAGUACUUCAGACAGUAUAUUUUUCUAAUGCAUGCACUAUUUUCUAGUUUUUCUUUUGGUUUCUAGCUAAAUGUGCACCUUCAUGUACAUUAAAUUCUAUGGGUACAUUAUCGUCAGUAUUGAAUUUGACAGUUUUUACAUUUUAGCUGUUUAAAAAGUGUCAAAUAAAGAACUUUCAUACUU